AUGAACUAUCAUCCUGGAGCAACGUCUGUUACCUACGCAGAACGUGGAGAAGCAAUAGCAGCUACUGUGUCAAACAGAAUUGACGACAUUGUGGAUGUUAUGGAAUGGGGAUACAAUUACCGACGCAAUAAGAAUGGGAUGUUGUUGCCUACUGUAAAGAAUGGACCUCUCGCAUGUUGGCAUACAAGAAAAGAAUGCGCAUCUAUCAUGGCGACGACAAGGAACUCUGUGACCCACCUCUUCGAAGCCUUGUCAUCCCGCACGAACAUUGGUAUCAUCAAGGAUGAGAAUGGCCAACAUGUACAGCGAGGACAAGUAUUGACCAUCCCAGGCCAUGAGGAAGAGUUAUGGGUCCCAGCGCGAAGGAUGAAGCUGAAAGAGUACCAUGAACAAUAUGGCAUACUUCUCAAGCAAUACUACCUCAAGCAAUACUACACACGAUUUGAAAAGAAUCCUUCAGUGGUGAUCACAAGAGAGGAUCAAAUCGAUGUUGCAGCCCAUUAUUGGGAUCCUGCUACUACGACAGUGUAUGAUUGCUCGUUCCAUCCUUCAUCGGCACAAGUGCUGUAUAUACCGUGCUUGGCGCAAUUUGCUUCCUCGCGUCAUCAUUUGUCACUGAACAAUCUUAUACCAAGCUCAUCACCAGAGCCAUUUCGUCAAUCUCGUUGUCAGUGUCGACCUCAACACCAAGGCAGGAGCAGCAAACCUUCAACACCUUGA